AUUUUGUUGUGUGGCCAUUCAGAUAAUAUAGAGCUAGUUGGAGCAGACGAUUCUCAGGACACGAUAUUGGACGUUCGCUGUUGAUUUCAGGACCAGUUUUACUUACCACAAUGUCGGGCCAGUCGUACAGAGCGACCAAGUCGGGAUUCGCCGCGGAAGCACAGUCUAAAAUUCUGAAGAAGUACGACCCUGACCUUGCCAAGGACGUCCUGGAGUGGAUCAACAAGGUUCUGCGUCACGGCGGCCACGACCAGCUGGUGGACGCCUCCACGGGCGAGAUGCACCACUUCGCCCAGCAACUCCACGACGGCGUCGUCAUCGCCAGGGUAGCCAAUGUGAUAGCCCCCGGGUCGAUCCCGGCUAACAAGCUGAAGUCGGCGCCCACCAUGUCCUUCAAGCAGAUGGAGCUGAUCGGGCUCGCGAUCGAUGGCUUCAAGAAGUUUGGCGUGCCUGAUCAUGAGAUGUUCGCCACAGUCGACCUGUACGAGAGCCAGAACUUGAACCAGGUCGUGUGCGCCCUGUCGUCCUGUGGACGCAAAUUGAGUGGGCCCUUGCAUUUUGGUCCCAAAGAAUCAGAAGCGAACGUAAGGAAUUUCAGUGAAGAGCAGCUAAAGGCUGGUCAAAACGUGAUUGGCCUUCAGAUGGGAACAAACAAAGGCGCCUCACAAGCUGGUAUGAACAUGGGAAACAUGAGGCAUAUCGUUGACUGAUCUCCAUCCUGACCCUACCAGACAUUAUAGACAUUCUCUUUCAGUGCUAUAGACUUUUCAUUCGCAAAACACUUAAUUUCUCCUUAGUGGCCUUAGUGUGAACACAAAUCUGCAGAUAUUUUUGGAUUAGCAUUCACAUUUUUUUUUGCAUUAGUAGAUUCACAUAUAUAUCUUUGUGAAAACAAGAUGUUUGCAGCUGAUCUACAUUCAGAAAACGUUUUUUUUUCAUUAGUACACUCAACUAAUAGAUCCUUAUGAAAAACAAUCCUGCUGCUAUUUCUGGAUUUAAAAUCACAAAAAUAUUUUUGCAUUGUUAUACUUACAAAUAGAUCUUGUUUGUGAAAAAGUCUACAGCUUUUUCUGGAUUUUUAUUCAGAAAAGAUUUAUUCUUGUUUGUGGACUUGAAAAUACAUCUUGUGAAAACUGAUGUCUGAUUUGCAGAGUUUUGAGAAAGUUAAUGUGGAUAUCACAAGACAAGUUACAUAUCUGGAAUAUCCGGACGUGAAUACGCUGACUAAACAGCUGUACCCUGGAUGGAAAGUAAAUGUCUUCGUGUAAACGUUGAAGACCUUUCGCUGAUAAUGGAACUAAGUACGGAUUCCAAUAAUGCAUUUGUAAAUUCCACAGGAGAUAUGACAAUUUACUUCUUGUUUAAUCCGUGCAAAAAACACCAUCUGAUUUGUCCACUGCCCAGAAAGAACUGAUCUGCAUAAUCUGGACCCUGUUUAACGCAUUAUGUCAGGCGGACGACCGUUUCACUACUUGCAGGUUGUUUAUUUUCAAUCUUAUUUAGUUUGUGGUCUAAAUAAUUCACAUAUAAAAAUCACUGGAAUUAUCAAAUUUGGAAUAUAGAUAUUAGUAUAUAUUAGCAACAAGAAGCUCGCUACCAAAUAUACCUAUGUAUGUUUGAAAAAAAGUUUAAAAUAAAUAUGUAGACUUAGUUACUACGGCCGAACGUAGACGAACGUUAUUUUCAACAAAAAGAUUUUACUGGCUUUUGUUUAUAUAUAAUUUCCACUUUGUACGCGUUAAAUAUGAUCCAAAGUUUGUGAUAUACCAAGUCAUAAUAAAUAUCGACACACAAUAGUUUAUGUACUUUCACUAAAAUAUUUGUAUACAUUUUACCAAUAUAGUUACAAUGCCUUGUAGCAGGUAGUAAGUUAUGUGGAUUAUACAUUGAAACCGUUUCACAUUUUAUGAUUUUAUAUCACACGUGUUUAGCAAGCCACUUUACAAUGACAGUGGAAUCAAAAUACAACCAUGUGAUAGUGUGUUUAGCUUUGUUUAUGUCCUUUUAUAACCUAAAACGAUUUUCAUUGGUGACGUCUGUUAGUAGUUGUAAUUCUGCUGUCAAGUUUGGGACCAAUUUAAAAUAUAAAUAUUUUCAUACAUGUUUUUUUAUGUUAUUGACAUUAAUGUCUGUUUUUGUAUUAUUGUUUAACACAUUAAUUUGUGCUAUGAAUGGGACCAAAAAUUGAAAGCUAAAAUUUGUUAAUUAAUGUUAUAUGUUAGGAUAUGUCAUGUUUAAUAAUCACUUCUUCCCAUCUGUAUAAAAUGUACGGUGGAUUGCCAGGUUUUCUAUUCUUGGUUUUCCGUCUUUUAAAGAUAUCAACCACAAUGUGUUGUCUUGUACUAAAUGUAUCAAUGUUUCUUACUACUUAGCAACAUGUUGCAUUCUUCAUAAUGCAUAUCUCGUUUCUAAAGGCGAUUGAAAUAAAUAUUUUAUGAAUCUCA